AUGGAGAUAGUAUGUGAUCCAUGCUGGACAUGUCGCAAUCGCCGCAUUCAGUGCGACCAGUCCGGAAUACCAUGCGCCAAGUGCGAGAAGGCCGGCGUAGAAUGUUUCGACAAAAGACCGCUGAGAUGGGUCAAAGGCGUGGCAGUUCGCGGAAAGAUGCAAGGCCGUUCGUAUGAGGGUAAAUCAGUUGGCUCUCCUAUGCGCACAUCUAGAAUUACCAAACCCGUGCCAUCAACACCGAAGAAAUCGCCUCAUGCUCUGGUCCAAGCGUCUGGCGGUAGAAGUCUGCCGGUUACCUUGCAAGACCCAUAUAUGUCAAACCUGGAUCAAACCUCGAAAUAUUAUAUAGACUACUAUAACGAACGCAUAUGCAAAUUAUUCAUUGUAUACGACAGCGCCAGAAAUCCUUUCCGGAGUUUGAUCUCCUUCGGGUUGGAAGAUUCGGUCUUACAAAAGGGCAUCCUCGCUCUUGCGGCGCGGCACCAUGCCAAUACAGGCCAUUCGUUCCAUCAACUUCAAGGUUUAACACCUGCUGGUCUCGUUAAUGCCAAUCGCGAUGCGCUACUUUUCAAACAUCAAGCCAUGGAAGCUCUCUCCCGGGUGCUUGGGGACAGCACAAUAAAAAAAAGUGAUACGACUGUCGCUAGCAUAUUUCUUCUUAUUUUCCUGGAUCUCCUCGAGUCUGGAAGUGAUGGCUGGAAUAUCCAUCUCGAGGGUGCUAAGCGUUUGAUUACAUCGUACCAGCCGAUGCUUGGAGCGCAAGCCGGAGUUAAUAAUGGACCUGGCCAAACGGUGCAGGAGAUCUGGGAGUUUAUCUCCAAUCAGAUUCAUUCAAUUGAAACGCUGGGAGCAACGUUCUUACGACCGAAACUACUGUCAGAAUUCAUGUUUGACAGGCAAGCUGAAACACAACCCCAAGAAGAAAUUGAAAAGUCUUUUCUUGGAUGUCCGGAGUUCCUCCUGUCGGCGAUACAAUUUCUUUCUAACGAAAGGGACACCAUCGCAGGAAAGCUGCCGGAUGGCGCCGCUCUCCAAACACAUAUACAUGAUACCACCGUGAUGAUGGAACUCAUCCAAAACUUUGACUGUUACGCCUGGGCUUUGAGUCUCCAACGAUCGAGACAUUCUUCUUUGGAUGAAAUAAAUGAUCUCUGCAAAUUAUCGCAGGCAUUCAAAAUCGGGGCUUUGCUAUAUGGGAGACGCGUUCUUGAUGCACUCACGGAAACCAUAACAGUGCAGGACGAUUUAGUCUCUGAGCUGUUGGGCCUGAUUGAUAUUUUGAAAGACGACGAGGCGCUUUUCAAAUGCGUUCUGUGGGCUAUCUUUGUGGCCGGUGUGGAGUGUAGAUCUCAGGCCCAGAAAGACUUUUUGCUUGAAUCUUUGGAGAAAUUUUGGAUUGCUACGAGUUGUUUGAAUGUCAUCAACGCAGCAAAGAUCCUGAAAGAUUAUUGGCAGCAGGAAGAAGGCUUGGAGACUCCGUCGCGGUGGAUAUUUGAUAUUGGUCGCUUGGGUCGCGACUGUCUUCUGAUAUAA